AUGGCGAAGAAAAGAAGGACCGUUCGAAAGCCAGUUGCUCGUGGGUUGGAUCCUGAACCGAUUGAUGAUGCAGACGAUGGAGAAACGGAGAAGACAACGGUUGUUGAACAGGGGAAUUCGAACUGGGCAAAGGAGGUGGAGGAUGAAAUUGCUGAUGAAACGGAUCAGACUCACUUCCAAGAAUCAGCAAGAAGUCAUUGGAAGUCAUUUAAAGAAGAGAAAUUGAUCUAUCGUGAUCCCAAGCUGAAAUUUACUGAACCGAUUAUCAAGAAUGGCAUCAAGAUUGCUCAACUUGACCUAGAGGAGGUUAAAGAAGAGGCUGCAAGCUGGAAUUCAACAAUGAUUUGUAUGGUUCUUGGAGCUAAUCCUCCUAUGGCUGUGUUCGAAGGCUUUAUAAAACGGAUUUGGGGACAUCUAGGGAUAAAACAGAUUGUGAAGAUGACUAGGGGAUUGGUAAUGAUCAAUUUUAAUGAUGAAGCUUUGAGAGACCAGGUGUUAGAAGCAGUGGUUUUCCAAUUUGACAUGAAACCAGUCAUUGUAAGACCCUGGACCUCUGAUCUCAAUGCUGUUAAACUUGUUCGUUCGGUGCCACUUUGGAUUAGACUCCAUGAUCUUGGCCUCCAAUAUUGGGGAACCAAUUGUCUGAGUGCAUUAGUUAGUACUGUUGGGAAACCAAUAAUGGUGGACCAACAUACUAAAGAUCGCAUAAGGGUUCAAUUCGCCAGGGUCCUAGUUGAAAUGGACAUAACUGAUACGCCUCCGAGAACCAUACAAUACGUCAAUGAAUAUGGGCAGAUUGUUGAUCAAAACAUUGAUUACGAGUGGCUUCCGGUUAAAUGUAAAAGCUGUAUGGGGUAUGGACACAUUAUGGCAAAUUGUCGAAAAGGAGAAAUGAAGAAAAAGCAACAAGAAUUGAAAGGCAGAGACUCAGCUCAAUCUAGUGUGCAAGAGCAGGAAACAAAGGAAAGGACUAAACAGGUUGAGGCUACUGCUACCAGGAAACUAGUUUUGCAGGAGGAAAUUGGUACAAGGGCACAGAAUAAAGAUUGGGUUACUCCGAGAAAAACUUUCUCUCAGAAGCAUCCAAAGGAGGCUGAAAAGAAGGGUGAUACAUGGGGGAAUUCUGUUAACAGUUUUAUGGCUUUAGGAGGAGAUGAAGGGGGUCAGAUAAUGGAUAAAGUGUCCGAGGAGGAAGGGGAACCAGAAGAGACUAAACUAAGAGGGGAAAAAGUUAAAGAAAUGAUGGAAAAUAAAUUCAAUAAUUGGGAUUACUUCUCUAGUUCCACUAUUGAAGGUAGAAUUCUUGUUCUUUGGAGAAGAACUUUUGUCAAAGUGAUUGUCAUUGCUGAAACUUCACAAUUUGUCCACUGUUAUGUUAAAGUGUCGGGAACUGAUCAGGCUUGCUACAUUACUUUUGUUUAUGAUAGAAUAGGUGGAAACCCUCCUUGUCUUAAUGAUUUGGUUGAUUCUCAAGCUUGGUUUGCCCAAGCUCAUGUUGAAGCCUUAAAGAGAACUGGUUCAGAUUUUACUUGGACAAAUAACCAGGACGGGAUAAGCAGAAUUUAUUCCAAAAUCGAUCAUGUCUUUGCUAAUGAGGAUUGGCAUGAUACUUUUGGAAAUAAUUCUGCUCAUUAUGGUUGGGAAACUACCUCAGAUCACUGCUCUUGUGUUGUCUCUAUUAAAGCUCAUAUGAAAAUUGGGGUCAAACCUUUUCGCUUUUACAAUUUUUGGGCAGACCAUCCUAAGUUCAAGGAGCUAGUUUUGCAGAAUUGGGAGAAGCCUCUUGCUGCUUCGGGUAUGAAAGGUGUUUACUUAAAGCUAAUGAGACUGAAACAUGUUCUUAAGAAGUUCAAUCAUGAGACAAUUGGAGAUAUUGGUAAGAGUUUUCACCAAGCCAAGGAUAGAUAUCAGGAAGCUCGUUUGAAGGCUCAAGCUCAUGCUGGGGAUUCAGAUUAUCAAGAUCAAGAGAGGGUAGCCGCUGCCAAUUUUAUCAGUUGUGACAAAAUGAAGUCUGAAAACAGGAUUGCUUCUUUUACCAAUGAUCAUGGAGACAUUAUUGAUAACUUCUCUGAAGUUGUGGAUCACUUUAUGAAUCAUUUUAAUGGCUUUAUGGGGACAAGGAAUGAUACAGCAGCAAGUCUAAAUAUGGAGUGUUUUGAAUUGAAUUCUAGACUGAAUCUGGACCAACAAAUCCUUUUACUGAAACCGUUCUCCAACAAUGAAAUCAAGAAAGCUAUGUUUAGCAUUCCUGACUCGAAAUCUCCUGGACCGGAUGGGUUCAAUUCUGGAUUUUUCAAAGUGAUGUGGGCUGAUAUUGGGAAGGAAGUUUGCAAGGCUAUCUCUGAUUUCUUUAUUACAGGUUACAUGCCAGCCAAGCUUCACUCAUCCAUGAUUUCAUUAAUUCCGAAGAAUGAUAACCCAACUAAGGCAGUUGACUUUCGUCCAAUAGCUUGUUGCUCUACAUUAUACAAAUGUGUGUCAAAACUUCUCUGUUCUAGACUGGCCAAAGAUCUUUUAAAGAACUAUAACAGGAAGAACAUCUCUCCUCGGUGUGCUAUUAAGAUUGACAUUAGCAAGGCGUACGAUACGGUGAACUGGGAAUUUCUUGAUUGCUUACUGCCAGCGUUCAAUUUGCCUCAGAGAUUUAUUAAAUGGCUGAUGACUUGCAUUACCUCGACUUCUUACUCCAUAAUCAUGAAUGGAAGAAUUCAAGGAAAAUUUAAACGUGAAAAAGGGCUGCGUCAAGCUUUAAGGUAUGUUCUUGAGGAGUUUACUAAAGCUUCGGGGUUACACAUCAAUCAUUACAAGUCUCAGAUUUUUCUUGGUGGAGUCAGCCCGUUGAACAAACAAAGCAUUAUUGAUGAAUUAAAGCUUGUUGAAGGAAAGUUCCGGAUGAAAUACCUUGGGAUUCCUUUGCGUCCAACUAAGUGGAAAGCCGAAGAUUGUAGCAUAAUCAUCAAGAAGAUCACUCAGAGACUUCAUAAUUGGGCAAGUAAGCAUCUUUCUUUUGCUGGAAAAAUUCAACUUAUUCACUCUGUGUUGAUUGGCCUUCGAAAUUACUGGAUGAGCAUUUUUGUUUUACCUCAAAGUGUUACCAAGGAAAUUGAGAGGCUUUGUAGAGGGUUCCUUUGGGGUGUAAAUGGCAAUAGAAGCAAAGUCCAUGUUGCUUCUUGGGAUAAAGUCUGCUUGCCUAAAGCUUAUGGAGGAUUGGGAUUUAAAGAUGGUGCUAAAUGGAAUCAUGUGAAUCUAGCCAAGUUUGUUUGGGCAAUUUCUAAUAAAAAAGACUUGUUAUGGGUUAAAUGGAUUAAUACCAUAUACCUGAAACAAGAAUCUUACUGGUUGUAUGAGCUAAAACCCGACACAAGUUGGUAUUGGCGUAAGCUUUGCCACUUGAGGAAGAGAUUCACAGAAGGUGACAUAAAGGCUGCUGUGAGAACAUGUAAACUCAGAACUAGUCUGUUAUAUAACAGCUUGCUUGAUCAAAAUCUCUUUCAAUGCCAUAAAACUAUUUGGAGUUCUCUUAACUUACCAAAGCGUAGAUUUAUUCUUUGGCAAGUGGUUAACUCCUAUUUACUUACAAAAGAUAAUAUGGCAAGGUUUCACAUUCCUGUGGAGUCGAAUAAGUGCCCUGUUUGUGAGGAUCACUUUGAAACUCAUGAACACUUGUUCUUCUCUUGCUGCUUGUCCCGAAAAAUGAUUGAGUUGGUGUUUGAAUGGCUUGGUACUCACAUGUGGCCUUUAGAUUUUCAAAGUUGGAUAGGUUGGCUGUCUUUGAACAUGGACAAUAAGGUGAGAAAAAUCAGCAUAGCAGCUGCUGCCGCAACCUGCUACUACCUUUGGAUUAAUCGAAAUAGAUGUGUUUUUGAGGGGUAUUCGCAUAAUGACACUCGCAUUGUUGCUGAUAUUAAAAGUAUAGUAAGAUAUAGAGUUCAACAUGUAAAUAAUAGAAGAUUGAAUAGAGUUGAGAGCAGGUUUUUACAGAUUAUUCAAUGUAAUUAG